AUGGAGCCUUUGAGCAAUGAGAACGAGGGAGACAGGACACCCGCCUACGCGUUCUUUGGACGCUUGUCGCGCACUGCGUGUCGGUUCAUCGACCGUUGCGACCGCUCGCUCCACCAUACAAACCGGAGCCAGUACCAGCGCAAUGAAGAGCAUCACAGCAAGUGGUUUGUCAUGAACCGCUCGCACAUUCGCGAAUGCCUCGCCGAGCUCUUGGGGACGUUUGUCAUGAUCUGCUUCGGCUUGGGCGUGAACAACCAAGUGAGUCUAUCCAACGAGACCAACGGCACGUGGCUCAGCAUCAAUUUGGCCUGGGGCAUCGGUGUGCUCAUGGCCGUGUACUGCUCGGAAGGUGUCAGCGGCGCCCACUUGAAUCCAGCCGUUUCGCUUACUCAUGCUGUCUAUGGACGUCUGCGAUGGUGGAAGCUGCCGGGCUACUGCUUGUCGCAAUGCAUAGGCGCUUUCAUUGGCGCUGCUGCAAUUUACCUGUUGGAUUACCAGAAAAUCCAACGAGUUGACUCCACCUUGGACACGACGCAGAGCAACUUUGCCACGUACCCGAACGUCGACAUCAACAAUUAUACCGCUUUCUACACGGAAGUGUUGGCUUCGGGAAUGCUGCUGCUAUGCAUUUACGCAAUCACGGACCAGAACAACCGCUCGCCUGGUACGGUGGGCACGCCUUUUGCGUUUGCGCUCAUGAUCAUGGCACUUGGGAUGAGUUUUGGAAUGAACACGGGGUAUGCCAUGAACCCUGCACGUGACUUUGGUCCUCGUCUCUUGACGUACGCGGUGGGAUACGGCUCCAACGUGUGGACGGCCGAUGGCUUUUACUUUUGGAUUCCGAUUGUAGGUCCGCUCGUUGGAGGUGUGAUUGGUGCUGGCUUGUACCGACUUCUGGUCCAGAUGCAGCACCCGUAUGAACAGGAUUCCUAA